AUGGAGUUUCAAGCAGUCAUUUUGGCUGCUGGACCAGGCUCUAGAAUGUAUCCAUUGACAGAAAAUAUGCCAAAAGCCUUAUUACCUGUAGCAAAUAAACCAAUGAUCUGGUAUCCUAUUCGGAUAUUACAAAAAGCAGGCUUUGAAGAGAUUUUCAUCAUCGUUUUAAAAUCACAAUCAGAUGUGAUUAAAAAGUCGUUAGUAAGCUGUAAUUUGAAGUGUCGACUUCAUUAUGUACAAAUUUCGGAUGAAGAAGAAGUCAUCGGUACUGCAGAGUCGCUAAGAAAAAUCAGAGAUAAAGUCAAGAAUGAUUUGAUGAUUUUAAGUUGCGACCUAAUUACGAAUUUGGAAUUGCAUCGCCUUGCCAAUAUACAUCGUAUUCGUGAUUCAGACUUAACGGCAUUUAUGUAUACACGUGAUGACAGCUCAAAUGAAGCUGAAGGAAAGAAUAAGAAAAAGAAGAAGAAAGAGGCUACAAGCCAGUGCGACUUUGUUGGCGUUAGUGAAAAAGAUUCAAGAUUAGUAUUUUUGUCCACUGCAGUCGACGUGCAUAAAGAUUUAGCCAUUAAAAGAAAUCUAUUUAUGAAAUAUCCAAGGGUUCUUCUUCGUACUGACUUAAUUGAUGCUCAUUUAUACCUUGUCAAAAAAUGGAUUUUAGAUUUCUUGAUCGAAAACAAAUCUUAUAAUAGUUUUAAAGGCGAAGUUUUACCUCACUUAGUAUAUAAGCUGGAUGCCCGUCCUGAGGUAGCUUCAGUAGAUACUGAACAGGGGAAAGAAGAUAAUACAAGGAAUAACUUAGGAACGACAUCGAAAUCCGAAAUUGAAUUAGAACAAUUAGCUCUAAGUUUAUCAACAUGCUAUCGUGGUGAGAAUAUCGAAGAAGGCUAUGAAGCAUCAAAGUGCUAUACAUACAUCAGCGAUAAAAAUAACUGUAUUAGAGUAAAUUCUGUUCAGUUAUAUAUGGAUGCAAAUCGUCAUGCAUUGCGGUGGAUAUCGUCGUUUCUUCCAGAAGCUACCGAUACUAAGUCAGUUCAUUUUUCUGCCAAUACGUCGCAAAGAGCUAGAGGGAAUAUAUCAGAAGUUGGGGACGCUAAAACUGGUUACACCACAGGUACUUCUACUUCAAAAACGAGAGGAAGUAACACAUCCGAAACUGGUGAAAGUAAAGCAGCUUAUCAAUCUGGUCCUAGUGCUCCUACAUCGAAAUCUGGAACCAAUAAUGCUAUAGUUGAAAGUGCUGAUGCUAAAACAAAUACAGCAGUUGAGAGAAAAGUCGGGGUUGAUCAAGAAUCAAUUAUCGGAGACGGUGUUACUAUCGAAAAUAAAUGUGCUAUUAAGAAAUCGGUUAUUGGUAAUCACUGCAGGAUUCUGGACAAUGUUAAGAUUCUAAAUUCUGUCUUAAUGGAUCAUGUAACUGUCGAAAGUGGUUGCGUUAUUCAAAACAGCGUUGUAUGCAGUCUCGCACAUAUUAAAGGCCGCUGUACUAUAAAGGAUUGCCAGAUUGGGUAUUCACAUACAGUAUCAGAUGCAACUGAAGCAAACGGAGAAUGUCUUGUAUCUGCUGAAGGUGGAAUGAUGACGUUAGACAAUGCUAACUAA